AGAACACCACUGCAAUCCCCUAACACCCUAAUCACAUCGAGAACCCUGUUGCUGCAAAAUAUACACUUUUUACUGUAAUAUUAAGUGAACUGUGACAACAUCCUUCAAAAUAUAAUUAAUUUCAGAUCCGUUUUAGAUGCUUUCCUUGACAAGUGUUCGCGAACCAGUUUAAAGAAGCUUUCCUAGUUUUUCAUGUCCUUUAUUUUUACUUAAGCUUUAUAUAAUAACCACAAAGCUACCGAACGCCAUUAAUCAUAUUAUCCUUAAAUAUUGAUAAAACUUUCACGUCAAGGUCUCUUGCACAAGACUUUGUUUACACUUGACUCGCGUCUCUGAUUCCGGAAAAAGAAGCAUUCAUACAAUUGAGAAUUAUCCUUGCUGGGGAAACGUUUCCCAGGCAACACCACCGAGGAUACACAAACCGGAGUUUCCUUCCCCACGAUACAUCGUCGUGGGCUAAGAAUCUAAAAAUCGAGUAACAGCUGUUCAUAAGGACUUUCUAGUUUUGGUGCUGCAGUUGGUCUUUGUAUAAAAUUGUAGAAAAACCGAACGGACGCGGAAGAAGAGUAAAAGGAUAUUUUUUUCUUAAAAUAUGUCCACAUUGAGUCUAAUUCCCGAGGAAAAGAAAUUUUUACCAAACACAUCAAAAAGUACUGAGAGUCUAUAUUCGUCAUCCAGUUCUAAAUACUCGGCUACUGGGUUGUACAAACGCAAGCUUACGGGGAUUCGACAACCUGGGUUUGUCCUGGCUCAGAAUGAAGUUCGUCAAAGAGUUCUCUCAGCAAGAAGGCUUCGAGUGAAAACCCUACAAAAUCAACUCGCUGAUGCCCAACUCCACAUAUCUGAACUUGCCAAUGAAAAUAGAAUUCUGAGAACAUUACAUAAGCGCCAGGAUACAGCUCUUUCGAAGUAUGAAGGUACCAAUGCAGAACUACCGCAGCUUCUUCAUUCGCAUGCCGAGGAGAUUCGAAUGUGGCAAACGAAAUGCCGGAACCUUAACAGUCAGAAUAGGGAACUGACGAGAAAGCUGAAGGAAAGGGAUACAGCGCUGCUAGCUUUAGGGGACCAGAAUAAACAUUUAACGCAAUUAAGCAGAGACAGAAAUCUCGAAGACCGCGAACGGCUCACAGAACGUGUUCGAUAUUUGGAAAGUCGACUCAAUGAAAAGGACAACGACGUGAAACUUCUUGCUCGUCGAAUACAGCUCGAGGCCAAAAACUACAAGGCACAAAUUUACAAAGAACAACAAAAAUACAAGCAACUUAUUCAAAAGCUAGAGCAAGCAAGAUGUGAUGUCGACAAACUAUCUCAAUCCCAUUUCGACAUGAGAGAGAAAAACACAAAAUCAAUGAUGCCAAGGUCUCUAAGUGGUUCGAAGCUGCCAAAGCCCUGUAAGGAGCGGGAACGAGGCCAAUUGGGCCACGAAAGAGAUGAUAACAGUACAAAAACAAGUAUAAGCACACCAUCGUUAUGUCAGGAAACGAAUUAUCAAAUUAUCCAGCCUAGUCAAGAAUUGAAAGCGAGAAAAUCAGCCGGUAAUCUUCACACCGACAGUCAGAAGAGGUCUGUCCGACAAUCUAGACAAAAUAGUGGUGCUCGGAAAAGUAGAAGAGAUGAACUUGAUGACCUCAACACGAUGGAAUUUAAUGCAGAAGAGUUAUCCAAUGCCAUCUCGAAGGGAAUGUCGAAACUCCUAUGUAACAAUGAAUUUGACAAGGAUGAGGCUUCAUUAAAUGGAAAUGAGCCUCCAAGCGAUCCAGAGAACAUACUUGACCAAAGCGAGCCCGAAAAUUAUUAUGGCGAUGACGGAAACUAUGAUGAAGCUAAUUCCUUUGGGUCUGACGAAAACGAUGAAUCCGCAGACAUUGUGGGUGGAAAAUCAUUUGACGCAUAUGAAUCAAACGAGAUAAUUCAUCAAAGCAGGCGUGAUUUCGUCAACAUUCAGAAAAAAAUGUCCGAUGACUAUCAGGAACGUGAAUCGUUUUUGGAUACAUUUUGUAAGCAGUCAGUGACUAUCGAGAAGGAGCUUUCAGCCCGUCGGUCGAGUAAUAUUGACUCAAAGAAAAAGAACCAAUUGUUGGCCGCGUUAAAAGCAAUCGAUAAUGAGGAUACAGUUAACUGAAAACAAGGAUUGUUUAAUUUUUCGAUUCAUUCGAUUUCUACGAAGUUUCCCCUGCUUUGGUUUAGUUUACAACGUUUCAAGUAUAUUUAACGAGGCAUUAGUGCGUUUAUGAUCUAAUUUACUUGUGGGACUCAUUUUAUUUAUAUACCAAGUAAAUGCCGCCAAUUGUUAUUUUGUAGACUCCCUUCACGUGUACUAAUAAAUUAUUAAUAACAAUUUCAUUACAA